UUUACGAACUGUCAAACUGAACGGCAUUCUAAAGCACGCCGAUUUUUAUUUGGCAGAGAGAAGGAAGGAAAAGCUGAAUUAUUUAAGAAUCAUUUCUAAAAUAAAAAGAAAAUAGAAACUAAGUAAUUUAACUAACAGGCAGACUAUUUGUUAGAAUAACAAAUAAAGCUCGAAAACAAGCAAAAGGAGGCAAAACAAGACAAGCAACAACUGAUACAGCUGCUGCAAAAAUACCAAGAAACGCAACGAAGUCAUCUGAAACAGAAUUAGCAACGUUUCGCAGUUAGAAAAACAACGGAAUAUAGACAGCUCACAGCAACAGAAGCCGCCGCCAGCAAUUUUUGGAGAAAACAACAGGAAGGAAGUCGAACAGAACAGAAAGAACGCCGCCGCAAACAGACAAAAUGCCGAGCGAUACCAUUGCCAAACAGGUCCAGGACUAUAAAGACUCACUAAUCAAGAAAGCCGAAAAACUAAUUAUCGAAGGUUUCCCCGAGAAAAUCGUUGAACUCAAUGACUUGCUCAGCACACCCAUGUUCAGUGAGCGCAAUUUCACUGAGGUCCAUCAAGACUUGAACAUUCCAGUUCCCGAUCCCAUUUUGGUGAACAGUAAUAAUGGCUCAGAUGAUACAGCUGUGGAGGCGGCUGCUGGUGGUGAUGCCGAUCAGCCGGCCGCCAAGAGAGCCCGUACCGAACCACCAGCUGUUGUCGGCACCAAGGUUAUGUACUUGCCCACGGGUUCAGUGCCCUGUAAUACACCACUCUGUGAAAUGAUUAAAGUUGUCAAGCCCAUCAUACGCAAAUUGGUGGAGGAUUCCAAUCUCUUGAAAAUGUGGAUUUCAUUUAUGAUUCCCAAAAUCGAAGAUGGCAACAAUUUUGGUGUUUCCAUACAAGAGGAUACCUUGGCUGAAAUCCAAACUGUUGAAUCUGAGGCUGCCGCAUUCUUUGAUCAAAUUUCCCGCUACUUUUUGUCAAGAGCUAAGGUGGUGUCAAAGGUUGCUAAAUAUCCCCACAUUGAUGAUUACAGACGUGCCGUUGUGGAACUGGACGAAAAGGAAUAUCUGAGCUUAUGGCUGGUGGUUUGUGAAGUUAGAAAUCGCUACUCCUCGCUGCAUGACAUUGUCAUUAAGAAUAUGGAAAAACUCAAGAAACCUCGUUCCUCAAAUGCCGAAAGUCUUUAUUAAAAGCAAAAAUAUAU